UCAGCCAUCAAGGGUUAAGUGUGUGUCGUCGCUCUUGAGGGACGCGUCCCAUGUGAAAUACUUUGUGCUUGGAUUAUACUCCCGUUAAGAGAGUUUACUUCCUGCUUCCUGUUCCAACAUCUGCAGUUGGAAGUGGUAUCGUGGACUGUAGCGCAGUGGUUUGCACAGUUGGCUCACAAUUGAUUGGUCCAGUGUUCUGCGACGUUCUAUGUUUGUACACUGAUGCAUAUGUAAUUGUUUGAGGCUAGUUGUGCUAGCGAUUUGUCGGCUGCAGGUUUGUGGGAGCUAAGGCGCCGGUGUGGUCAGGCGAGGCGAGGCUACACAGUCUGGGGCUCAUCCACUCUCCCUCUCCUCGGUGUUGCACCUGCUUCAAUAUGGAGAAAAUAAGAAAAACCAUUAUACAGUAUAUAAAGUAGACACGUCCUACUAUUAAAGGUGUAGAUGUGUGUGUAUAUAUAUAUAUACAUAUAAUUAUAAACCGAGACAAUCCCAAUUGAGAAACUCUUAAGAAAAAUCCGAACGAAGAACAUUACAGGAAGAUCCGUUUAAGAAACCUAAACGGAAACAGGGAAGUGAGACCGCGCAGAGACACGGCAUAAAAAAAUUGAGGAAUUGGAGUUACUCGACCUAAAGGUAGCUCCCUCUUCCUGCCUUCUUGCCCACCAGCGUUACCACGACCACCACCACCACCACGACUACCACCACCACAAUGACGCGCACCACCUUCAACAUCACCACAAUGUACUCGUCUGCGCAGUGUGUCCUCUCUGUAGUGGGAUCCGUUGGGGUCAUCCUGCUGUUUGCUGGCAUACCGCAGUUGAUCUACUCCCCAGUGGUGAGCGUGCCCAACCUCAUGACCUUUCUGCUGGGGGCGAUACUAAUCACUACCAUGGUCGCCGGCAACUCCUUCCUCAACUACAAGUACCGGAGAUUCGAACGGGAGGCUCGAGAACGCAGGAGAGCCAACCGUGACUCCGCCACUGAAGGAGUGACCACCGGGGACCCCGAGGACAAACCGCCAAGUUAUGACGCUAUUCUCACUUCUGAUGGUCUCCCACCUGACUACUAUUCCAUUCUCUCUGAGAAACCCCCAAAGUAUGAGGACAUUGAAGGUGGCGUCUCAAGCACCAGCCCAGGCUCUAGAUCAUCUUCCAUUAGCACAGAUACAAACACUGAUUCCAUUGCCAUUAUAUCAGAAGCUGCGUCGUCUACGGAAGUUACAUCGUUUAGCAGUGUGGGGAUCGACAGUCUGCCACAGGUGUUUCAGUCAAAGGCAGUUACUAAAGAUGAGCCGAAUUCAUUCGAAAAAGUUGUGGCCAGUAUCAAUGCUGAAAGAAGUCGAGAAAGAGGAAUUGAAAGAAAUAAUGAAUCACAGGUUGAAAGUAGUCAUAAAUCAUAUGACGAAAGAAGUAGAGAAUCGCGUGAAGGAAGUCAAGAAUCGGAAGGAAUUAUAAAUGAAACCAUUGAUAAUAUAUAUCAAGAAACAGGCAGCAGACUGGAAACUGAUGCAGAGAGACCCGAAGGCCCAAAAGAGAUCAAUCACCGUGAUGAUAAUUCACUUAGAAGAUUAGAGUCACGAGGCUCUGUAGUAAAUCUUGGGGAAUCAGAGUCGUGAUAACAAAGGAACUGGGUACUGUAAUUAUUAAAUUAAUAACUUAUAAAAUUUGUGCCAAGUUACUGAUGGUUUCUGAAGAGCUGCUGACUAAUUAGAAGACUCAUUAUUUCAAUAGUAUUAUUCAUUACAUAAUUUUAAGACCGUAGAUGUGUAAAUGUGUAAUUAAAAGUUUUGGUGAACCUAGGGAAACUAGUCUCGUGUCAAUAUACAUUGACAUAUGAUUAAUCCUUAAUGCAUUUGCAUUAUAAACUUUGUAAUUAAUGUAUUUUACACAUUGUGAUACACCCUCUAAUAAUAAUAAUAAUGUAUUUGUCUACUGUACCUGUGAUUUAUGAAUACUGUAGCGUGUUAGUUUUGUCCAUUUUAUUGUAAAUACAGUAGUUACAUUUAUAGCUUGUUGGCCUUCACUAAGAAGCUAAAUGUAGUUUAUUUAGUUAUAUGGCUAAUGUGCCAAAUAUUUAACUGAUUUUCUACUGAAAUAUUAAUACAAUACUGUCUUGAAUGUUAAUUUGACAUUUAAAUUUAGUUUAUUAAAACCCACUGUAUAAGUUGAUAAUCAUUGGCCUAGUUGGAGAUGUAUGAUAGAUUUGAUACCUCGAGGCUUAACAAAUUUUAACAUUUGAAAGUUUUUUAGAAUGCAAGAUUUGUGGUCUGUAUAUACUGUACAUGCUUUAAUGGUUCGCAUUGACCUUGUAUAUAUAUAGAUCUAGAUACUCUACUAAAGAGUAUCCAGCCAAUACAAUCGUAAAAUGUUUAUAAUCUCAAAUGGCAAUUACAUGGCUGAUGUAAGCUGCACUUUUAUUCAUACAUAUCAAUUCAAACUGUACCUACAGUUUUACUGCAGGUUGUGAUACUCGCACUAAGCUAAGGCUCCCUGAUUCCCCCUCCUCGUCUUUGUGAUAAGAAUUUUAUAAUGAAUAUGAAUAAUUU